AUGGACGAUGGCGAAAGCAGCAAGGCGGAGUUCGCAGCGGUCGACGGACCACCCAAUCGCGCGCGGUCAGGAAGCGCAAACAGCGGACACAAGCGAAGCCUCUCGGGCUCACUCCUCUCGCGACUUUCCUUUCUCCGCAUGAGCCAAGCGACACAAUCGGAAUCUGGAACACAAAGCAUGGAACAAGACGGCGACAGCGAGGACAUCGCGUCCUCCUCGAUAACCGCCGAGAGGACGGCUUCUGGCAAGGCCAUGUCGGCCGUUAUACAGCAGCAGCGACGGACACGACGACGGAGGGGCUCCUUGCGCAAGACGGCGCUUCUCGGGACGCGACUCGAAUCGAGGGAUAAGCGGGCGGCGGCGAGGUCUGCAGAGGUUAUUCGAGGGGAGUCCGUUCGACACCAUACGGACGAUGUUCCGCGCUCGUUACGGGAGCAAACGUCGCCUACGGACGAUUUCAAUGCGGCGAGUGGUAGCUUCGAUGACGAUGGCGCACCAGCGCAGCCUAGUUGGUUCAGCACAAAUACGGCGCAGAAGAUCAUUCGCUCCUCUGUUGCGCGCCGUCGGCAGGGAUUGCCGGCACACAACAAUAUGCUUGGUGAAGAGACGGGCACAGACGAUGAGGAACUCAUGUCUUUCCCCCGCAUGAGCGCAAACAGUUCCUCGGUUGGCCCUGGUGGCACCAACAAGAAUGCUUCGACAUCGGCACUACACAUACCUACUCAAUCCUCGGGCUCCGAGUCAUAUGGUUACCCUCUUUCAACGGAUGCAGCUUACCGGCCUGUGCAUCGCAAGUCGUCGCCUUUGGCAACUCACUCAGUUGAGAUGAAGAGCAACUCGGACAUAUCGUGGGACUACUCGGAAACGGAGUGGUGGGGCUGGAUUAUUCUCAUUGUGACAUGGCUGGUAUUUGUCGUGGGAAUGGGGAGCUGCUUCGAGGUUUGGAGUUGGGCAUGGGAUGUUGGCGAGACGCCGUAUGCGCCGCCCGAGCUGGAGGAUGAUCCCACUUUGCCAAUUGUUGGAUAUUAUCCUGCAUUGAUUAUUCUCACUGCUGUCAUGUCCUGGGUCUGGGUGGUUGUGGCAUGGGUCGGCAUGAAGUACUUUAAGCAUGCUAAUAUAUCAGGCGACGAUAGCUGA